AUGUGGUCUAUAGUGAAAUUCCUACAAACACUUAUAUUUAGAAACGGAGGGAGUAAUAAUGGGCCGUCCUCGGUCAUUCCAUCCGUUCUUCUCAAGAAGAAGAAAAAAAGCAGUCUUCCUCCGCCGGCGGCGAGGCGGCGACCGGAAACAGAAUACUUCACCCAGCUCCGUGGCGGCGGCUCUCCUUGGUGGAGCCUCCCUCCCUCGCCCCCCCUGGGCCAUUGCCUCUCCCUCUCCGCCCCCGUUCUCGCGCUGCAGGGCGCUGAGGGCACCCGAGGGAGGCGGAGGCGGGUGGCGCAGAGAGAUAAGAGGCGAGCUCCCCUGGCCGGCGGUUUCGGAUGCCCCGUAUGGAAAGAGCGUCGGCGGGUUCGGGGAAGCUCCUGUCAUGCCAGCUCCGGGUACUGCAACCGCAAGAUCUACUGCUUCAACGGCGUGGUGUUCGAUCUUGGUUGGAACUUGGAAACAUGCGAGGAGUUCACUUCUCUCGCGCGCUCCAGUCGGCGUGUCUCUGCCUCUCUGCUAAGCUCAAAUGUCACCUUGGAAAUACAUGUAGCUGUUCCCGGUACCAUGCUCAUUCUUGGGUGUGCGCUAAUUCAAAGUUGGGUGAUAGAUACAUCCCCUUUUCUCCAUUUUGAUGACAAGUAUUUUUGGACGGAGGGAGUAUCACUCAAUGCCAUCAAUCUCAUGGUAUCACGGAUUGUUACUGCUUAUCUUGACACUGUACAGUGAUAGCUGAUUAUGCCACAUAUUCAGGAUUGCAGACAUGGUUUAUAUUCCUCUGUUUGUGAACUUGGUAUGGAAAUCUCGGAUGCUCCUUUAGAGCACUGAGAUUAUUAGUUUUCAUGCAGCUCCCUGAAUAUUCGACGGCUAUCUUUAAGAUUACUAGAGUUCGCAUUGAUGUAUGAGUAGAGUUGGAAUUGCUGCUUCCGGAAAUCCACAUAUCAUCAUGGGGAAACCCUUCUCUGUCAUUUGCCAGAGCAGAGCUGGUUUCCGGCAUUCAAUUUUUGACGCCUUCCUUUUCUUAGAAAGGUUUUACUGUGGUUCUAGUUUAGUCGUCGUUACUAGAAGACUAUCUGCAUCAUUGAUUAAAUUUAACAAAGGCUACUCAAUUUUUUCUCUUAAUGUAUCCAUCACCUAUAACAGGUAGUUAACAACUUAACAAUUAUUUUCUUUACAGUUUUGGAUACUCACACUCACAAUGCUAUUAGGGCUUUAUUUUGGAGCUGGAUAUGUUAGUGCCGGGCU